UUUCCCGCUAUAGCUCUCAUCCUUCAAUGGCGUCCGUACAAGGCUCGCUCCCCUCAAUCUCCGCAAUCCGCUCGUGUCACCAAUGCUCGUCUCAGUUUUUCUCUACCCCAGCCACAGGUACUCCACUUGUCUCCCUCGCUAGGUCGCCGGGGUCUCAUCGGAAAUUACGUUUCCGGAGCAUUGGCAGGAAGUCCUUCAGAGCAAUGGUUCAGCAGGCCGUACAGGGAACUCCGGCAGCUUACGCUAAGGAAAUGGAGAGGCUUUCCGCUAAAGAAUCCCUUCUUCUCGCUUUUAAAGAUUCUGGUGGUUUUGAGGGUUUAGUAACUGGUAAGACAACGGAUAUAGAGCGCAUCGAUGUGAAUGAGAGGAUAACUGGCUUGGAGCGGCUCAAUCCGAUGCCCAGACCAACUACAUCGCCCUUUCUAGAAGGUAGAUGGAAUUUGGAGUGGUUUGGGUCUGGAAGUGCUGGAUUAUCUGCUGCUAGAUUUCUAUUUGAGAGAUUUCCUUCAACUUUGGCUAAUUUGUCAAGAAUGGAUGUGUCGAUCAAGGAAGGAUAUGCAAAGAUUACAGUGAACAUGAAAUUACUUAACUCGAUAGAAAGCAAAUUUAUUCUAUCCACCAGGUUAUCCGUGGAGGGACCGCUUCGAAUGAAAGAGGAAUAUGUUGAAGGGAUCCUGGAAUCUCUGACAUUUAUUGAAGAAACAGUACCAGAACAGCUAAGAGGUGCUUUUGGUCAGGCAGUUAAUACGAUGCAACAACUGCCUGUUCCUAUUUGAGAUGUCGUUGCCACUGGGCUAACAAUUCCUCUUAGUGGAUCUUUCCAGAGACUAUUUAUGAUUUCUUAUCUUGAUGAUGAAAUACUUAUAAUAAGGGAUACAGCUGAAGUGCCUGAAGUUUUAACAAGAUUGGUUGCACCCCCUUCUGAUCCCUCGGCAGAAUCCCUUACGGAGUUUGAGACUUAUGAAUUUGUACAUGUAUGAAAACUGAAAAUUUCCUCUACUUCAAUCACCCUAUAUGAGUUUAGAAUCUCUCUGUGAGCUGCUUCGAACAUUUUAGUCGUGCCUUGUAAAUGUGAACAAACUUGCUUGUGUGGGGUGUGAACUUGCUUGAUUAACAAGCGCCGUGCUGCUUUGACAAAAAUAAAUU